ACUCGAUCGAGGAGAAGCUGCUCUUCUGACUCUCUGACUCCGGCUACAGUCGUACAGGUUCAGGCACGAUGACAGGCAUUAUUCCCAAGAGCAAAGCAAAGGGCACUGACAUCUGUUUUAACAGAGGGUUCAAUUGUAUAAUCCGCUCUGAUCUCGGCUGCUAUAUGAAGAUAGGUGAAUUAAAUAAGAAUUUAGACAUCUCUAUUCACAGCCUGCACCCUGCCUGCAAAAAUGGAGACCACUACCUUAGUGCCAAUAAUGGCCCAUUAUACAUCAUCAAGGGCAAGUCAGUCCGCAGUGUCAACGACCUGACGACAGACUACGAUGCUAAAGUGUUCACUCUUCAUCCCAACUGCCAGGGCGGCGACCACUACUUCUUUAUGUAUUAUGAGUUUAUCAUCAUCUUCAAAGAAAAGGGCACUUACCGAAAAACAAGUGAUCUGAAUACAGACUCAUAUCCUGAAGAAUUCAAGCUGCAUCCCGACUGCAGUAACGGCCUCUAUUACUGGGGCGUAGGUAGUUCCUUCUGCUUCAUCAAGCCAGCCUCAGAGUGGGGAGUCGAGUUCGGCUGGGGUAACAACGUCAGGUAUUUUACAUCAAUGGGUGUCGAAUCUGUUCAUCCCGAUGCUCUUAACUUCCUUCCUGGUGGGCUGUCCAUAACCAAAGGUGCAUCCUUUGGCAAGUGGGAGAAUAUUAAAACCAUUAAAAAUGACAGCAAUACACCAGUGACAUGGCGAAAUAAAAUCAAUAAAAAGGUUGGCUACAAUAAAGAGAAGAUGACCCAGAUCACACACAACUGGAACAUAGCCACGUCAUACUCGGUUGAAUCUGGAGAUCUUAUAGAGUUAAUUGCGAAGAUUCAGUUCUCCUAUUCUGCAGAAUAUGGAGGUUCACACGUCAUCACUAAAACUGAAAUCUGGAAAGAAGUGACUGAAGUGGAAGAAACACUCUCAUUUGAGCUGAAGCCGAACGAGGGCUGUCUAUCUGUGGCAGUACCAACUGGGUCUCGGGCAAGAACCAGUGCUGUUCUGCCGUGA